AUGAGGAAGGAUUUGCUCGAGAAAUUUGAUGAAUUGAAGAAGAAGGAAGAUGCAAACUUGAAAUACAAAUUGGGGCUUAUCACGGUCCUCGAGCACGUGAUUUUGUCUGCAGAGUGUCGGACUCUCGUAGAUGAAAAAUGGUUCCAUUUUGUUGAAGAUUUGGAGCAUUUCAAUAGUUAUCCUUGGGGAAACUUGUCGUAUGGGUACACUGUGAAGUUGUUUAAGCCGAACAGUUUCGGUAAAACAAAAAACCCAAAGUCGAUAACGUAUUCUCUUCACGGAUUUCCCCUAGCUAUGAUGGUUUGGGCAUUUGAGGCACUGCCUGAGUUAGGAAGACAAUUUGUUGAACAAUGUUCUACUGGCGGACUUCCGAGAAUAAUGUGUUGGAAAAUGGACAAACAUGUGCGAAGCGAGCAACUUAUUACGUUUUUCAACACGUCGGAGGUUCAAGUUCGACGAACGUUACAACCUUCAAGUGAUGAAGUUGAAACUUCAUACUUGAAGGAUUUCGGCAUAACUUCAGAGGAUCAAGAAAGUGUGCCUGAAGAUGAGGAAGAAGAAGAAGGAGAAAAAAAUGACGCUGAGGAUGAGGAUGGAGGACUCUUUCAUAUGCUAGGAUUGCCCGAUGUUCAUAUUUUGGGGCCUUUUAUAAGUGUAAUUUAUGAGUUUUUCACUGCCAAAACUUCCAUGUUUACCAUUAACGGGCACGUGAUGGGUAUAACACUCGAAGAUGUGCUAUACCUUCUACGUUUGCCCAUUAAUGGUGAGCUUGUCCUCGUGGGAGAGAAUUCCCAUUUAAGUUACAAAAAAUUUUUCGGGGAGGACUCAAAAAAGGUCAAAAUAUCCCACUUAAACCGUAUUGUCUACAAUUCUACUGAGAAUAAGGAAAAGAGGAUGAGAGCUCUGUUGCUCAUCAUUAUUUGGCAUUUUGUCAUGCCAACUAAAAAUGGUGAUGGCAUCUACCCUAGCCUUGCCUCACUCUUAGAAAACCCCUACAACACUUCUUCAAUUCAUGCUUGGGGGGCUGCUGUUCUUGCUUUCCUUCAUGGUAGAAAAAAGAAAAAUAAGGAGGGUGGCAACUUAUGGCUAGUCUUGGCUUUUUUUCUCGUCCGGAUUCCAAAAUUAUGGACGAUCCUAGGGGUUGAGAUUACAAGGGAGGAGCUCGAGGAGCUUGCUCGAGUGGAUUAUCCAUUGAAAUGGAUAAUGACUUGUUCGGAGAAAGUAUCAAAGAAUACAAGGGUCAAUUACAAGGGGGCUCUGAGGAAUGCUCUUGAAAGCCUUGAGGAUGAGGAUAUUCAUUGGAGGCCAUACAUGACGUGGGAAUUACCCGGUGACCUCCAGUCCAAUAUCGAUUGGGUUAGACGGGUUAGUCCCAUUUUUGCCAACAACUAUGUGGUGCAUCAUGCACCACAUUUGCUUGCAAAACAAUUUGGUUUGGCAAACAACGUCAAAUAUACACUGUAUCACAUCAGAAUGAAGGAUAAUCAGGGAUCAAAAUCCCACAAUUGGACUAAAAAAUAUGAAGUUCAUAACGCGAAGUGGAUGAACCCAUUCUUUUUGGUAGAUCCACCAGCAGUCCACAGAGGUAAAAAGCACGAUUAUAGUCUUUGA